GCGGAGGCCGGUUUGGGUGGCGCGGCUCGCCCCCCCUAUCCCCCCGACCCCCAACGAGUGACCGGCGCCGCGCGAGCCAGUGGCCCGCGCAUCACAGAUCCCCCUCGCCCGCUCGGCAUAUCCUCCUCACGUCCGGGGUUUAUAAGGCGAGACAGAUAGCUCGCACACCCACCUCACAAAAAGCGCGAGCCGAGCAGCCCAGCGUUUGGAUUUUGCAGCCACCGGUCCGCCGGUCCCGGAGCUCCUGACCGACACGCUCGCCGCCGCCGCCAUGUCUGCCUUCGUCGGGAAAUACGCAGAGGAGCUGAUCAAGACGGCCAAGUACAUCGCGACGCCGGGGAAGGGCAUCCUGGCGGCGGACGAGUCGACGGGCACCAUCGGGAAGCGGCUGGCGAGCAUCAACGUGGAGAACGUGGAGGCCAACCGGCAGGCGCUGCGGGAGAUGCUCUUCACGGCGCCGGGCGCCCUCGAGUACCUCUCCGGCGUCAUCCUCUUCGAGGAGACGCUCUACCAGACGGCCGCCGACGGCACCCCGUUCGUCGACAUCCUCAAGGCCGGCAACGUCGUCCCGGGCAUCAAGGUGGACAAGGGCACCGUGGACAUCGCGGGGACCGUCGGCGAGACCACCACCCAGGGCCUCGACUCCCUGGGCGCGCGCUGCGCCAAGUACUACGAGGCCGGCGCGCGCUUCGCCAAGUGGCGCGCCGUGCUCAAGAUCGGGCCCGGCGCCGAGCCGUCCGAGCUCGCCGUGAAGCAGAACGCCGAGGGGCUGGCCCGGUACGCGCUCAUCUGCCAGGAGAACGGGCUGGUCCCCAUCGUGGAGCCCGAGAUCCUCACCGACGGGCCGCACGACAUCAAGGCCUGCGCCGCCGCCACCGAGCGCGUCCUCGCCGCCGUCUACAAGUCGCUCAACGACCACAAGGUGCUCCUCGAGGGCACCCUCCUCAAGCCCAACAUGGUCACCCCCGGCUCCGACAGCCCCAAGGUUGGCGCGGAGGUGAUAGCGGAGUACACGGUGGCGGCGCUGCGGCGCACGGUGCCGCCAGCGGUGCCCGGGGUGGUGUUUCUGUCGGGCGGGCAGAGCGAGGAGCAGGCGACGCAGAACCUGGACGCCAUGAACAAGCUGCCGGUGCUCAAGCCCUGGACGCUCACCUUCUCCUUCGGCCGGGCGCUGCAGCAGAGCACCAUCAAGAAGUGGGCCGGCAAGAAGGAGAACGUCGCCGACGCGCAGGCCACCUUCCUCGCGCGGUGCAAGGGCAACUCCGAGGCCACGCUCGGCAAGUACGGCGGCGCUGCCGCCGGAGGGGACGCCGCCGCGUCCGAGAGCUUGCACGUCGCGGGGUACAAGUACUAAGGCACCGUCGCUCCCGCGCCAUUCCCGGACCUAGGAUCUCGGUGCAACCCGUGUGUACACGGCGCGGCGCAUGGAUUGCGCCGAGAUUCGUGCGUGCAUGCAGAUAUAUAUGCUCUUCCUUUUCUGCCGUGUACUUAAAUUCUCUCUCCCUUCCCCUUCUCCUAUUUAACCAGAACUACUGAUGAUAUAUAAGUGGUAUAUGAAAGUGUGAAUGCAACGCUUUUACAUGUU